GGUGUACUUACUCGAUCCAGACCAGCAUUUAUUGUGUGAGUCAUCCCAGUGGAGGCAGGGAUGUGACUGUGUAAACAGCCGCUUUCUGUACUAGUGAGGAUUACGGGAUUGGGCUUCUUUUAGGAAGUUACUUGGAAAUGAAAUGCAGCCAACUUUAAAGUGGAUUUGAAGCUUGAAUGAGGGAGAGACGGGAUGCAGUCAGUGGAAGUUACCUGAGGAAAUGAAACUAUCAAUACAAGACACAGUGCUGUAGUGAAGCUACUGGCAGCAAUGUGUGUAUGCGAGUUGGUUAAAGUAGCAAUCAGCUUUGCUCCUCUGCCCGUUUUAAUUUGUAGCGUUGUAUUAAUCAUUAUAUCACUGUAAGUUCUGGUACUAAAGGAUCUAAGGGAAAUUACAGUCUUUCAAAUAUUACCUGUUGCUGUUCCACCAGCCGGGCAGUUUCACAGAUAAUGGCCGGCAUUCACAUACUUACAAAGCCUUUUUAAGGAGCAAUGAGGAGUACCUAAGGAGAAACAAUGAGGUGUAGUAAUGUUGCUGGUUGUGAUACUGUGCGUCUUGCAAGUAAAUACACGUCUCCCUAAUGCAUCCCUAUUCUGUGUGUGUUGAUAAAACUAGGUCUCUUCUGUUGUAUUUUGAAUAUAAUCAGGAGCGUAAUGCAAGGCUUGGAAAUUGCCGGCUGUAAAGGCCCCAACCUACUGCUUUAGUCUUUGCAGAGAUUAAGAACUAAGUAUUGCUUUUAAGCUGUAGGGAGUUGUAUUUCUUACAUAUUUGGUCAGUGUGUUUUACGGGUCGAUUGAUGUUGAGUUCCAUAUGCCCAUCCUAAUGCUUUGACUCUGCUUUUUGUUAUUAAAAAGAAACAGACUUCUUUAUCGUGCUCCAGCCAACGUUGCAUUAAUAAGCCUUUCUAAACAGCCAGCAAAAGCUCAGCAGUCUGAAAUGCAAGCUGCAAGAAUAGCUUCAGUGUUGAUCACAGGUGUGCGCUCUACAGAUCUAUAGUUGCUGGUGUCUGUUGGAAGUCAACAACUUUAGUCCUACUGAAACGUUUAGCAAACAGUUCUGAUGGAUUUCUUUCAUUAUGUGACAUAGGAACAAGUGACAUCCAUGUGAAAGCUCAGUUUAUGAAGCCGAAAUUUAUCUUACAGGUGUUUGAUGGGAUUCCUUGAGGUUAGGUUUAUGCUGCAGAAUUUAACAGGGAUUUGUACAAGUAUAUGAACAAAAAUGUGGGCUGUGGGUGCACUCCAGCAUCCUGCAGUAUUACUCACUGAGCUGUUAAAACGGGCAAAAGCAGUAAAUCUCCAACAAACCACCGGCAUUCUGGUGCCUUGCUCUGCCCCUCAACCACCUGAUGACAGCGAUGGAGUGUUUUAACACACAAUACUUGGUAUCUGCUAUUGCUUCUCGUUCCUUUCCCAAGGAAUUCCUUUCUUUUUAUUUCUGUUUCCAACUUUGAAAGCCACAGCCUUUGGCUGCCAAGUUCUUCACGUGCAUGGUGGUAAAUGAGGGCGUGCAGUGUUGGGAAAAGGAAAGUCUUCCAAUGUGUGUGUUACUCUUGAUGGUCCGCUGGGCCCAGCUAAUGCAUUUUUAAAGUGUUUCUGAGGCAACAGAAACAUUAUGUCAAUUGACUGUUUUCUAGCUCUGUUUUUUCCCCCCUUUUUGCCUGAAAUGGGAAUCUUGUGAGGGAAAAACUGGCUGCAGUGCACGAAUCCAACACAGAUCUAGCAGAGAUCUGGGAUCACCAGCAUAUGGGUGAGGUGGGUGGGAAGCACACUCCCGGACAUCCACAUGGGUGGGGAUGGUGUUUGAGAGAUGAGAAGGAAUAGGGCUGACAAGGGAACUUAGAUGAUAGUUCUUUGAGCAGGGAGGAGAAGACUGCAGACAGCUUGUCUCCAGGCCCAGCAGACUAGCCUUAAGGCCACAUUCACUCAUCUUUAGGUGACUAGUUAUCAUAAUCAAGCUUGGCAGACUAUGAUAGUAUUCCUAUAGCAUCGUGUGGGUGUGCUUGUAUUCUGUCAGCACAUAUACACAGAAAAAUAUAUAGUCCCUGUCCCAAAACAUCUGCAGUUCAGAGCUCUGACCCUCUUAAGAUGCAAAGAGUCCACAGGUGUUUCUGGAGCGGAUCAGUCUCAAGGCAUCUGCUGGUUACACAGACAGUGGGGAGGCUGCUGGAGCCUCCCUUACAAAGGGGAAGGAGACAGGGAUGGAGACGAUCAGGAGUAUGAGAAAAGAGAUUGCAGUGAAGUAAUAUAGACUGUGAACCUGACCCUGAUGGGCGCAAAUACAUCUGCAUUUAAAUGAAAUGGUCCUUGACUGGGUGGUGCUGGGGCAAGUGAGGGCCUGCCAGAUGGACCUGUGCCUGGCAAUACUGUGGAGGUCUGGUUUGGAUUUGAGAGGAUAUUUUGCACGAUCUUUUUUCUAGGCAGGAUUUUAGUGAAUUUCUUUGCAACUGCAGAGGUUACUGUGAGGUUUUUCUUACUCAAAGAAGAACUAAGUCUGUGAUGAUCUAAGCAUUUGGCUUCUUGCAAGUAGGAAUCCAGCAGCCCAUCCUGCAGUUCCAAGCACUCUUCUCUACUGAUUUGCCAUCAUUAGGUUGUAGCCAUCCUAACUCUAUGCAGACUCAGGCUAUUCAAACUGCACAUCACUGGAACAGGUUGCCCAGCGAGGUUGUGAAUGCCCCCUCUGGAGAAGCAUUGGGGCCAGGCUGGAUGAAGCUAUGAGCAACCUGGGCUAGAGGUUGGUGUCCCUGCUGAGAGCAGGGGGAUUGGAACUGUAUGAUCUUAGACUCUGGAGUAAGAUGGUUGCUAUAGGGAAGAGCUCCACGUUGCAGGUGACAGCUGGUUCUCAACUGGAUGGGGAACAAAUGCCUCUUGCAAAGGAAAUGUUAUCACAAAACUCCCUGAAAUGGGAUUGUGGUGAGGUGGGGGUCGGUGAUAGGACAAGAGGCCAUAGCUUCAAGUUGUGCCAGGGGAAGCUCAGGUUGGACAUUAAGAAAAACUACUUCUGUGAAAGAGUUGUCACACUGGAACAGGCUGCUCAGGGAGGUGGGGGAUUCAUCAUUCCUGGAGGCGUUGGAGAAUCGUGUAGAUGUGGUACUAAGGAACCUGGUUUAGUGGGCAGUAUUGUAGGUGGGCUGCUGCACUAGAUGAUCUUAGAGGUCUUUUCCAACCUUAAUGAUUCUAAGAUUCUUUGUAUGAUUUCCCCCCCCUUUUUUGGCUAAAGGUGCAAAAUGUCUCCUCCCCAUCUGCCUUGGCUCAUUACGGAAGUGCACAACUGGCCACUGUGGUUUCCAAAACAAGAAAUGCCACUGUGAGCACAUGGUAGCCUGCAGAGCAGGCAAGGACACGAGCAUUUCCUGGCUGCUUGUGUUCCUUGGGAUGUUCCUAGGCAUGUUUUCUGUGGCAGUACAGCACACGGGGAAAUCUCUGUAGAAGAGAAUCCAUGUUUAUUCUGCUGCAUUCCACAGUGUUUGGACAUGACAUCUCUCUUAUUCUCCAGGGUUGUUUUGCAGUGUUUUUAUUUCAGUGAGGUAAGGGCUGUCUUUUACUGCCAAGCCCAUAAUUAAAGUGGUGUUGACUUGUAAGUAAUGGGCUGCAAAAAGUGUACCAGAAGAUAAUUAAAGAUGCACUCUGGAUAAGGGGGCACGAACAUUCUUUUUAUGAGGUGUUAAUGUCUGAAGACCAACUAGUGAAAUUGAUCUUGCCUCCAUCAGGAUGAAAGAUCUGGUUAAACAUCAGUAACGCCGUGCUGCCAUAGAAGAUGUUUGAUGUAGGGAUUUCUAGAGGUCUGUGCUUGAGCACAGACUCCCCAGGCAGGCGCCUGGUGGCAGAGCCACGCAGCACUGGGUGAUUUGGCACCCCAUCCAUGCUAAAGUGAUUCUUUGCAUAUUCUAACGCUGGGGCUGCUCUGGAGGGAUUGAGGAGCUCCCGAUGCCCUCAUCUGGACUAAGACAGAUGCAAACAUUUUUCAAAGCCAUUUUUAAAGAGCACUGUGGCUAGUCCUUUUCUAACAAUAAUGCUGCCUCUCCUAAAUGUCUACUACAUAAAUAUAUAUGUGUGUGUGUUUUCUUCCUCCAUUUCCAGCAUAUUCCAUAUGUAAUUUUGAUUCUUCUGUAGGUGCACUUGCAUCACACGCCCCUGACUUAAAGGGACGCUGGCAGAAGAAAAAAUAUACAGUAAGUUUACACUUUUUACCUUUCUGAACCUUGGACCUUAUUGAUAUCUGCAGCAAAAUUCCAUGGGUUUUGGUGGGAACCUGAAGACAGGCUGUGAUAUGAAGAGAUAUUUUUCGUUAAGCAAACUGCUUUCACUAUUGCUGAUUCUUUUCUUCUUCUUCUCCGCAUUUCUACCACACAGAGAAUCAUAGGAUGGCUUAAGCUGAGGGAACACGGUCAGCAAGGGUGAGUGCCUGGACCUAGGUGUGACCAAGCUGCUGCUGUAGCAGAAGUUAGCUCUUAGGUUAGGCCAAGUCCAAAUGCCUCAGCAGAAGAGGGAAGAGAGGAGGGGGAGGACAAGAUUGCCAUCUUGUUUCCUGGAAUCUCACUUAAAAACAAACUCACAAUCUAAGUCUCUAUCAAUUAGCAUUGCAAAGAAAAUCUCUCGAAAUGAAGGGUGUAAAGAGGCUGCCUGGCAGAAUGCCUUAAACAAUAACUCCAGGAAGUGUGAACUGCUCUCUCCAUAGCCAGAGGAUGUUAACAAAAGCCUGUCUAUUUGACCUAGCCAGCAGUGAUGGACACUCGCUAUUAGCAAGCAGUGCAAGUCGCUGCAAGCCCCAGAGGUUCUCCUCUGCUGACUCCGUCCUUAUCUCUUCUAAGCAGACUGUGACUCUAAGGCGUGUAUGUGCGUGCUGGGGGGGGGGUUUCCUCUGGGAUCAAUAUUGCAGGCUGCCCGCAGGGUCGGUUUUGUGUUGUAGUCAUUCCCGUGACAUGAUGUUUUCAUAUAUAUAUAUACAUACACAUAUUUCUGCCAUAAAAAAUUGGAAAGCAUGCACAGGAAAAAAGAAAAUGACAGCUUUUUUAUGUCUUUAUUUUUCUAGCCUUCCUCGUGGUAUCACUUUCACUGCAGCCAGACUGAAUGAAUUAACUCUCUUUGUAACCUGUAGAUGGGUUUCCUGGACCCAGUUUGUUGUGCACUCCAUGGAUAGAUGUAUUGACGAUGCAGUGAUGGAGAGGCCAUAUGCAGUUUCAUGCCAAUUUAAAUCAGGGCUCGCCAGCUCUUCUUUCUCUCUGUGUCUGUGCAUCCCCCAUCUCAUGCUGGUGUCUGAAAUAAGCUGGCCAAGAACUAACCUGGCCAGCAAUCACUUUUUGGAGGGAGUAGCUCUGCGAAUUGACUCAUUUUCUAGUGUGUUGGAGCUGGCACAUGCAGGUCUGUGUGUGAAGCCAUUUUUGGCCUAAAUGCAAGCAGAACUGCAUCCUGGAGAAUGAGAAGCAGCUAAAGCUGGAUUUGCUGUGGAGAAGGUCACUGACAAAACUGUGCCAUUAAGCUCUGCUGACUAGCUUAUUGUAUCUGAACCUUAAUCGACUCUUCCUUACAUUUCUAUCUGAAUAAUAUAAGCAAACUCAAGCUUAGCAGCACACCUUGACUGUACCUAGAACUGACAAACCAUUUGCUACCUGUCUGCUCUUCCCUGUUCUCCUACGUAAAAAUGCUUGGCUGUAUACAAAUUGUAUUUCUUACACGGAAAGGAAAAUCUCUGAAUCACCCUGAAACUCUGAGGGAGAAAAUAAUGUAUCUGAGCUGUGAUAGCCCUAAGAGUGAUGUGGUAGAAGAAUGGGAAAGAGCAGUGAGAAAUUGUUUCAAGCUGUUGCUCCCAGAUACUCUGAACAGAUUUUGUUCUUGGACCCUUAAGUUUUACAUCAAGGUGGAACAGGUUCCAAGGCUGAAAAUGACUGGAGAUGUGCUGAGACAAAAGACACAUGAAGUAAUGAUGCUGUUGUUCUUGAACGCCUUCAGUGAUAGCUUCUAAUGGCCUCAUUUGACAAAUUAUUACAUUAACAAAUUGAUUUGUUGCUAUUCUAAUCCUAUUUUGACAUGUAAACCCUUUUGGCAUUGCAGCCAUCGCUCCCUGUAAGUUCUUAUGUCACUCUUGGCUCCAUAAAAGAAUAUUCCUGGCCUGCCUUUUGAAUUAAUACUUCUGAAUUAAUCGGUCAUGAUCUCACCUUGGAAAUCACAGAGCUUUCUUGUUCUGUACACUACUUAGUGAGUAGAGUGUGGAGAAAAAGAAGCACUUGAAGGAGAGGUUAUGAUGAGAAAGGGAAGAAAACUAAUGGGAGAGAAGCAGGGAGAGGCUUCAGUGUUUUGUGGUGGGUUUCGAUGCAGCAUCUGGGCAAGGCACCCAGGUAAAGUCAAGGAGAAACCUCCCUCUACUGGGAAUAGGACCGGUCAGUAACGUGUAGGGUGGUUUCCCUUAUGGAGAAGGGCUGGUACAGACAUAUAGGUGGCAUGGGACACCUGUAUUCCUUAGCCUGGAGGGAUCCCAGCGCCCAGGGGAGCCCCGCUGUUUCCAGCGUUGGUGCCGGCCCGUCCGAGGCCCAAGCGGACUAAAGAACCGCCCUCGUUAAAUUAUUGACCGUCCAUUUGAAUGAAAAAAACGCUGGGUGGGUUGGUGGCGGCGGCGGGCGCUUCGCCGUGAGACGCCGUGGCUCCUCCAGCGGGGCGAGACCUCCCCGUGUGUAUUUUGGUGAUGGGAUGACAAUGGAGGUGUGGGAGACAGCUGUGAGUCACCCGGCCCUAUCGGCGGGGCAGGCCCGGGCGGGUGGGGGUCGCCGAGAGCCGGGCGGAGGGCUCAUAAGGCGAGGAGCGGCCGCGGCCCUCGCAGCCCUGAUGGAGCCCCGCAGCAUCCCGGCAGCCGACGGCCCGCAGCGCCGCGCCGCCCCGCGGGAGGGCGGCCGGAGGAAGCGCACGUCCUUCAGCAAAGCGCAGCUGGAGCUGCUGGUGCGCACCUUCGAGAAGCAGCCGUACCCCGGCAUCGCCCUGCGAGAGCAGCUCUCCGGCCUCACCGACAUCCCCGAGUCCAGGAUCCAGGUCUGGUUUCAGAACAGGAGGGCACGGCAGCUGAACCGCAAGAAGAGCGAAGGCGCUCACCCCGCACAGCCGGCGGCCGCCAAGGAGGAGCGGGGGCACUGCGGGGCGGACGGCCAGAACCGGGGCCUCGGCACCGAGCGAGCCCUGCAGACGGGGGACAACCGGAGCUGCCCCGGCCAGCCGCUGCCAUGGUCCGGGCCGCAGUACGCCAGGCUCGAUACUCACUGGAGGAGCUUUGGAGUCCCCGGUCAGACCCCGUCUCACUUCGGCCUGGACUAUAUGGGAAAAGGGGAGCAGUUCGGUGUGGGAGCAGUAGGCAGUGCCCCUCAGCACUCGCUCCCUGCACAGCAAGCGCAGGAUUACCCGUAUCUGAAGAACCCUUGUCCUGAAAACUACUAUGCAGAUGUCUUCCAGCCUUGUACAGAAGAUUACCUAUAUCUGGCAGCUAUGGAGAACACGUAUAGCAAGCCUGUCUUAAGCUACUUAAAUGCUGACCAAGGUCUGGUCGAUGAGACCUACUCAUAUAUCAAGCCUAACACCUCUCCCUUCAGUAGCAGUUCCAUUCCAAGCUGUGGUGAGGGAGAGUCUAUGCUUGAGCCGAAGCAGCUGAGGCACAGCUCUCCUCCUUUUGCAGCUAGCGAGGCAAGUCCUCCAACUCCUUCAGUACCUGCAAAACACGAAGGGAGGUACCAGGGGACAUGUGCUGCUCCGGACCCAUUGUACGGACAGCAGCUGCUGGGGACAGUGAGUGACUAUGACCCUCACUGGCUGGGUAUGAGAAAUGAAAUGUUGGGAAAUGGUUUCGACUCACUGUUGGAACAAAAUGGGGAGCAGGGUGGGCCUCAAAGUUACCUUUUUGCUUUGGGCGGCCAGAAUUCCGCCUGUCAUUUGGGUUACGCAUGAAUCUAUGAUGAAAAUCAUCUUUUACUUUGAUUGGCAGUGUUGUCCCAAAGAGGUUAGAGGUUUUGCAGGUGGAAGGAUGGAGUGCUUGCUGUAAGCUUCACACGCUGUAUAGAAGGGAAAGGAAGGUGAGGAAAGCCAGCAAUGUGCACAAGAGAGCAACCUGUGGGAGGUGCGUUGCCAGUUCCUCUCCUGUCCUGCUGGGACUGUCACCAACCAGCACCGCUGUGGACAUUUGGCUUUCAGUAGCUUCACAUUAACCUGUGUGUACAGACAUACCUCAGUACAAUACCUCGGUACCAAAGACUUUUGUCUUCUGCUGCCCAGACUGCAUUGGAUUCUACCAGGAGGCUUUGGACUGCUGAGUUGGUUUUGUAGUCUCACCGCACAAGAUUGUACUGAUUUUAUAUAGAGUGUCUAGUGGAGAUAGCAUGAAUGCAAGAUUGUCUGAGUGUGGGAUAUGCAGCCUGGGUGUAUUUGUGUUUUAGGUGUGCUCCUGGUAAAGGGCACUCCUGGUGUCUUCUUGGGUAUUUAAUGUAUAGUAUUUUCACUUCAAAAUGACCAGAUUUUAUAGCCUUUUAGAAGGCUUUAUUUUUGUGAUUUCCUGUUGUGUGUACAUAUACAUAUAUAUAUUUCAAAUCAUUUGCUAAUAUUGCGUUGAUCUAAUUUAAUUAAAAACAAACACAAACCAACACCAAACAAAUCGAUUCUCAACUUCCCAAAGGAAGGGUAUUGACCGGGGUUAUAUUGAACUUGUAGAUCUGCACUGGGGGUAAAAGUGUCAUUGUGUUCAUUGCACUUGACACACAGGGCCCUGUUUUUAGCCUUCUAGACCUCCACAGCCAUCUGUAAGACCGGUGUGAUCUUACCAGUCUGGGGGGUGUGUAGCUCUAAGGGGGUUAAAGCAACAUCACGCUGAAACUUAUACACGUAAAUCCUCUUUUAAUGCUUAAAAUAUGACUCUGGAAUGCUUUACAUGUGCCUAGAUUCUAAUAUGUACACUGUGAACUGCUUUUCUAUAGCAUGAAAUAAAUAUAAGAGAAUGAAACUUAAACACGGAGCAUUAUCUUAUUAGUGAAAAUGGUUAUCUCUGUGGGGAAGCUUCCUAGAGAGAUGUGUGCACAAAGAAGCCCAGCAUAGGUGCAGGGUCGCUG